GUGUUUUGCUGGGGAAGUUGCGAAAGGCCUCGGAGGAGUUUUCCUUUCUUUCUGUUUUUUUGCUUGCAAAGUGCCAGGCAGGGCGCGCUUGGCAGGCGACCGGGCAGCCCCUGGAGCGACGCUAAUUCUCUCAGGGAGGCUAAGCAGGGUGAGGCGAAAGAGGGAGAAAGAAAGAAAGGCGAGUUUGCAAGAGCCCUUCAGUCCCGGAGCCCCUUUGCAAGGGCGAGGGCGAGAAGAGGCGCGCGCCCCGGGCGGCUGGCUGCGGAGCUGCUCGCAAAAGCAGCGGCGCUUUCCGAAGAGCUUUGCAGAUCUGCUGAGACCGGGGCGGCGGGGGGCAGACAGACCGAAGACCGGCCUCCAACGGUGGUGCGAUGAGUCCUUUGUGGGGGAAGAAAACCCUUCCUCGCCGUUGUCUCUCUGCCCGACCCCCACAUCUGGAAUUGGGAAUUGCUGGCAGGUCGUUUCUGCAUGGCUGAUGCUGGAGCUGUGAGCCGAUCGCAGGGGCCAGAGCCUGGACCGCUGCUGGAGCUGCCAAGUUAGCACCCACAGGCCCCUUGGUCUUCCUCCGAGUUCCCAGCUGCCGUCCACCAACUACCAACUAUGAAGCCCAGCCGGCCUUUCUGCUUUUUGGGGUGCCUUCUCGUAUUCACAGCUGCCCUGGCUGCAGAUCUGGUGCCAAGGGUGACCAUCUGGACUGGAGACCCGAAUCGGAUCAUCCCUUCUUUCACCCAAGACGGAGUUCUGAACUAUGACAUCUUCCUCCUGAGCCCAGAUGGGGAGACUCUCUAUGUGGGAGCCAGAGAUGCUAUUCUGUCCCUUGACAUCAGAAACACUUCUCCCAUCCAGCUGAAAGGUUUGCUACCAUGGAAGGCCACGCCAGAGAAAAAGGAAGAAUGUGAUUUUAAGCAGAAAAGCCUUGAGACAGAUUGUUUCAACUUUAUUCGUGUCCUGGUACAGUUGAACGACUCGCACCUCUACACCUGUGGGACAUAUGCUUUUAGCCCUACCUGUGCUUACAUUGAACUGGAAGAUUUCAGCCUGGUUACUGGUGAAAACAAACAGCCCCUCUUCCAGAAAGGGAAGGGUCUCUGCCCCUACGAUCCUAACUAUGACAAUACAGCCAUUGUUGUUGACGGUGAACUUUACACAGGUACUAUGAACAACUUCCAAGGCAACGAGCCCAUCAUCACUCGCACCCUGGGCGACAGAGUAGUUCUGAAGUCUGAUUUCUUCUUUACCUGGCUGAACGCUGAUGCCGAUUUCGUGGCCUCUUUCAAUAUCCCAAGCCCCCCAGAUGACGACAAGGUCUAUUUCUUCUUUUCGGAAACGGGCGAGUAUGACUUCUUUGACAAAAUGAAGGUUUCCAGAGUGGCUCGUGUAUGUAAGAAUGACGUCGGAGGAGAUAAAGUGCUUCAGAAGAAAUGGACCACCUUUCUGAAAGCUCAGCUCAGCUGCUCCCACAAGGGCGAGUUUCCAUACAACGUCAUCCAGCACAUUGUUGCUGUCCAACAGCAGGGAGGUGUCACCGUUUUCUAUGGCAUCUUCGCUUCUCAGUGGCGGAAGGGAAACCUGCGGAGCUCAGCAAUCUGCGUCUUCAACUUUGACACUAUCAAACAAGCCUUUGAAGGGAAAUUCAAGGAGUUCAACAAGGAUUGUUCCCAAUGGAUGACCUAUAACGGGCCAAAUAUUGAUCCCCGCCCUGGCAGUUGUUCGGUUGGGCCUUCCGCAGACAGAGCCCUGACCUUCAUUAAAGAACACUUCCUAAUGGACAAGAAGAUCUUACCGGACAACAAUCAACCUCUGUUGGUGAAGCAGAAUGUCCAGUACACUCGGAUUACAGUACACCAGACCUCAAAUAUUGUCGGGGAUCCGUACACUGUGAUGUUCUUGGGGACAGAUAAUGGUUUCCUUCACAAAGUAGUGGUUACUGCCAGGGGAACUCACAUCAUCGAAGAGAUCCAGUUGUUUGAGGAGCCAGAACCUGUUCGGAACUUGCUGCUCUCCCCUGAAAAGGGCACCCUUUAUGUGGGAUAUUCUAAAGGUGUUCUGCAAGUACCACUGGCCAACUGCAGCAUGUACAGAAGCUGUGCAGAGUGUGUGCUGGCACGGGAUCCCUACUGUGCCUGGAACAGACAUCGCCACGAGUGCGCACAAUUCCAAGAUAUGGAGGACCUGAGUAACUGGCUGCAGGAUAUCAAGGAUGGGAAUCCCGGUCUCGGAUGCCAAAACAAGAGCAAACUCAUGCGAACUUUGCUAAGGUCUAUGAAUGACGUUGACGACGGAGUUGUAAAAACUUUGACCUCUUCGUUGAACUCCAUGGUACGGCUGACCUGCCCUCAUGCUUCCGCCCUGGCGAACUAUACGUGGAACUAUCCGACAGAUGAGAAGGCGGAAGGGCUGGUCAUAAAAGAUGACAAGGCCCUGGUUGUCAUUGUGCAGAAGGCCUCAUUGGGCACAUACGAGUGUGUGUCCAGCGAGAACGGGUACCAGCAGGUGGUGGCCAGCUACCGUGUGCUCACCCCAAAGCACCCCGACAUCCUGGGGAGCAGCAACAAAGAUGGCAUUGCCGAGGAGGGUUUGCCGCACCAGGCCAUGCCAGCUGGCAAGCGGCGUUCUUACUGGGUCCAGUUUGUGACUGUGACUGUGCUCCUUUCAAUGACCUUGGCUAUAGCGGUGGCUUUCGCUUUCUUUACUUAUCACGACCGGCUGAAGGCCAAGAACAAAGUUCAGGGGUCCAACACCCCCGAAAGCAGCAAAGCAGCCGGGCAACCGAAAGGACCCCUGAAUAGCAGCCCGAGCCCUCCACAAGGCAACGAGUACCAGAUGCAGGGCCCUCAACCAGACACAGCCACCGGUCCCAAACCCUGCUGUGUGCAGCUGGAGGGAGCUUUUCAAGUGAUCGAUGUCGACAACAACCGCUUGAACUCCACCUCGGUGAACGAGGACGACUCCAAAAGGGCUGUGGCCGUGGGAGGAGUCUAGCUUGACCUAGCUUGCCCCCUGCUGGCUGUUGCUGGGAGAGACCCUUCAAGAUACAUCUCGAGCUCACAGGCAAUCUGAAAAGAAUUCUUGGCCUAGCCAAUUCUAUGGCAGCAUUUGAAAAUACCAUCAGAAAACAAGGAGUUACUUCUGAAUUCAGUCUUUCUGGUCUUGUCUGUGUGAUGCCUCGUGCACCUGGAAACUGGCGCCAAGCAGCUGGCAGAAUCCGUAACAUUCACGGGUCUUUGGGGUCCCCCCUGCAUCCACACUUUCUCCAUAGAUACGGUACCGGACCCGACAUCUUCACCGCGACGUCUCCAUGCAGUCGCUUGUAGCCGAAUUCAUAAACCUCCAUGUGAAAUGUUUACAGAGAUCAGGGACAAACGGAUCCUUCCCUGCCUUUGAUCUCCUAGGCCCUGUCUGGUUUGGAGGGGUUUGGGGAGCAAGGUCGAGGCUGUGGGCUGCUUUGCUGGCUCAGCUCGAUGGUCUGGAUGUUUUGUGACAAAACAUCUGAACCAAGGCCUGGGAUUUGCGGAGUGUUCCCUCCCCCCACCAAAGGAAAGGGAGCUUACAAAGUGAUAGAUUUAAAGGGGGAGGCGGUCAAUUUUGGAGUGAGAUAUAAGCACAGCCUUCCUGUAUAAGAGAACAGCACAGCCGUGGCAUUUGCUGCAUGGGCAGGGAUCAGAGGCCGUCUUACCUUGAGGCAGAUUUGGGGCACUAUCAAGGGGGUCGAGUGGGAGACAAACUUUCUGACUCUAGGAGUGCCAGCCCCACUCCAAGGGUGCUCCAUGUAUUACAGUGUCCUUUAUGGUUCCUGGUCUGGGAGCUCCAUGUAUGAUGGUGCCUGGCUGAUGGAGCUGGCCCAAAUAUGGACCAAUAAGGUCUUGGGCCUUUUGUGGGAUAUGAGGUAUUGUGAAAGGGCGGGGUUCCAGACAGCAGCACCUGUGCCUGCUGGCCCCGUUGCAAAGGAAAAUGUGGACGGAAAGUCGAGACGUGUCAGCAAGAGAAUGCUUACGCCUCUUCAUGAAUCUGACUACCCCCUUUAAGAACACCCUAAAGGUCUGCUUGACCUAAAGACUGGUUUACAGUGUGUGUUUCGUGCAAAAAAAAAAAUGAAAAAAGUUAAAACUUCUGUAAUCCAAAUUCAGCACCAAGGAAAAAAAAUCCAAAUUCUUCUACAGUAGCAUAUUUUUCUCUUAUUUUUGCACAAUGUAUUCUGACAUUUUUACUAUUUUUGCAUAAAUUAUUGUGGUUUUGCUACUUGGAGGGGAAAGGGGCUAAGCAGGACUCAGAACGUUCUCUGUACUCCAAACCACUGGAAAUCUUGUUCAGAUGCCUUCCUUUGGGCUUCUGAGAUUUUACAUCUCUUCAUUCUCAUUAAGGACUAGAAAGCUGAGUUGUUUUGAAGGAAAGUUGAGAUGGACAAGAAGAGCAGUUUGAUACUCGGUGCCAUUUCCCCACAGCACUGUUAGAGAAUCUUAGCACAUACAACACCCUAGUUGAGACCUGGUGUGGUAGAGUGACUAGUGUCAGAGUAGGAAGACCUGGGUUAGUUACUUUUAAAGAAAACGUAUAUGCUGUCUCUCCGGAGACCUACUUGUGGUGAUGUUCAGUAUUAUAUUUUUCAUGUAGAUGGGGAACUCGGGUGGGAUUUGGACCAAGGCUGCAGAGUUUAUGGCAGAAACUGGAUUUGACCCCAUGUCUGGAAAUUAGAACGCUCUGUUUGUUCAUCCUGGCCACCUUAACAUGGGACCAAGGGAGUGUAUGGGAAGGAAUUUGUACAGCCAAGUGAAGGACAUUCUGAGUUUUUGAUAACAGCUGAGGCAGCAGCCUUAUCUUUUUACCCGGCAUGCUCUUCUCAUAGUCUGUUCCAACCAUACACUGAACAGCUUGAAGGAAAAGUUGUUCCACCAAGGUGGAGGCUGCCCCUUUUCAUCUUCCUUCAGAGGAAAGCUGAAUGUUUAGAAAUUUUCUUUCCCCACCUCUUCCCAUAUUUACUGCUGUAUUUCUCCAAAUAAUUAUAUACUUGUAUAGCACUGCUGACCCCUAGUGAGCAAAACAGCAAACUACAACUUCUAAUUACUUCCUUAGAGCUGCAGUCUCUCUCUCUUGGCACUUUCCCAGUUGGGGACCUUGACUGUUGGAAACACACAAGUUGGACCUGCUCUGUCGGAUGGAGCUGGUUACACCAAGACUGUAUUUAUUGUUCAAAUUGCAUUUUUUUUUACUGGUUCCAAGGACAUGUUAAUCUGAAUCAGACACUCUGAAAGCCCAGAAAGUCCACGAGCAUAAAAAUGCUCUGGACUCAGUAAACUGGAUGUAAUGUACUAGAAAAUCCUGAGCCCGUUUCAUGAGCCACUGCACAGGGGGCAGGGGGGACUGCAGUUUUGCAUUUGCGUGUCUGUUUGAUUGACACAGCUUCAGGGACUGGCAUCAUGGGGCGGCUGUCGAGGGUCCGAGACCCACCACACCAAGCAGUGGGGUCCGCAGGAAAGCAUCUUCCCAUGGGGUCCUGGAAAGAGCUGCAGCAGCCAGUUCUGGUUUCUUGACUAGCGUUCUGCUGCAAUCACAUUUAUAUGUUAGCUUUGUAGGUGUAUACUCAAAACAACUUUGCACCCAGAACUUUGUGUGAAAACAGACUGAUGGUUGAAGGGGGGGGGGACCCCCACUGCUGAGUCUUAAGGAAACAGCAGCUAUCAGUAUCUCUUGCAGCUUGUGUGGGUUUGUGUGCAUGCAUGUUUGUUUGUAUGAGAGAAAUGUUCUUAACUGUGAUUUAAAAUGGCCACUUAUUCCAAGAAGGGGGGGGGGCAGCCCAACCACCCCAGCCGGUUAUCAUUUGCGACCAAGAUUCUAUAAUUGGAAUUCAAUGGGUUGCAAGAACGGAAUACAAAUCCUAGGAAAUUGUUUAAUUUGUAUCAAACAAGUAAUGAGCGAUAACUUUACUUGGUCUGUGGCUUUGUUUGGGAGGGAGGAGGGACAAGAAUAACCUUGUUCCAGUGGGAAGUCGUCUGUACUUUACUCUUCAUCUAAAUGUUUUUCCAUGCCCUUGUUGGGGGAAAGACACUUCCCUGUGACCCAGGAGGUGCUGUCUACCAACUGAAACAGGUACAGAUGUUUGGACAAUCCAAUUUAAGUUUUAAUAUUUGGCCAUUUUCCUUGAGUUGAUUAAAGGUUUUAGCGCCCCCCCCCCCCCCCCAGCAAAGUAAAUUUCAUCGAGGACAUCAUGAGCCUGUAAUCUGUAGUCUGGGAGACAAGUUUAAGCAAGUUGCAGAUCAUGAGAGAGGGUUUAUUUCCCAUGGAUUGCCCCCCCCCCCCGACUUAUCUGUCCCAUCUCUUGAACUAGAAACAACCACCUUCAGCUCUCUGGGAAGGGGAAUGUCUUCAGCUUUGUUUUCCCUUUAUUGGAAAUAAAUAAUACACCAAUUUGGUGUUUUGACCUUUUAGUUUCUCGUUGUGUUUAUAAUUUUUUAAAAAGAUGUAAAUCUUUGUUGCAUUUAUACAUGCUAUUUUUAUUAAAAAUGUGAUAUUACUACAA